GAGACUUUAAUCUUCCAGCAAUUGACUGGUCUCUCGAUCAACCAACGCCUGCAACUAAUGGAGGUCAACUUGAAGAGUCAUUUUGUGAUUUGGUAGCCGAUAGUUUCCUACAACAAUUCAUCUCUGGCUCCACGCACAUUGAUGGUAACAAGCUUGAUCUGCUGCUCUGUAACUGUCCUGAGAUUAUAAAAAACGUAUCAUCACUUCCACCCGAACAAUUAACUUUUCCAACCGAUCAUAACAUCAUCGAAUUCGAGGUCCAACAUUCGUUUCGUCGUGCUAACCCAGUAACACGCACUGUCUUCGAUUAUAAGCGGGGAAAUUUUGAUGAGCUCCGCAGUUACUUAACACGCAAGCCCUGUGAAACUAUUUCAUCUGAUGAUAUUAACGAGUGCUGGUCACAAUGGAAAGAAUGGUUCCUAAACGCUGUUCAGAAAUAUAUCCCUGUUAAAAAAGUUAAGGACAAAAACUCGCCUCCCUGGAUUGACGGAGAAGUAAGAUACCAUAUUCGAAAGAAAUAUGCUGCCCUGAAGAAAUAUAGGAAAACUCGAACUGACUAUCGUAAGCGAAAGCUGCGUGAAAUAAGUCAAACUAUCAAAUAUCUAGUUCGAACGAAACAUCGUGACUACUUACUUAAGAUUAAAGAGUCUUUCCGCAGCAACCCGAAACUGUUCUGGAGCUAUCAUAAAGCUGUUUUUCAUCACCGGUCAACUCAAAACGCUGUCAUUUCACAUAACGGCAUUGUGGCAAAAACACCUACUGAGAAAGCCGAACUUUUUAACUCCUACUUCUCGUCAGUUUUCCAACCUUCAACGACUAAUCAAGCUACUAACUCCCGCAAUUCUCGACUACCAACCGAUUCACAACUAAGUGAGAUCACGCUCGAUGUCGAAGAAGUUGUAAGCAGUCUGUUGAAUCUCAAUGUCUCAAAAGCUAGUGGCCCUGAUGGAAUUCCUGCCCGCCUUCUGAAAGAAUGUAGUCAUCAAAUCGCUCCAAGCCUUUGCACUCUUUACAACCAUUCACUAAGAUCUGGACAUAUUCCUUCUGAGUGGAAAUCAGCAGAUGUUACUCCAGUGCACAAGAAGAAUUCCAAAGAACCAGCUGUGAACUACAGACCAAUCUCGCUAUUGCCCAUCAUUAGUAAGACCUUAGAACGGUGCAUUUACUGGAGAUUUUAUGACCAUGUUGUGAACCUUAUCAGUCCAUCUCAAUACGGUUUUCUGAGAAGUCGCUCGUGUGUCACCCAACUCCUGUCAGCUUUCCACUCUAUCGGGCAAGAUCUAGAUAAGAAUACUCAGACUGAUGUCUUGUACCUGGACUUCGCCAAAGCGUUUGACUCCGUUGACCGUAAUAUCUUGCUGGAUAAGCUGCGUUCGUACGGCGUGACAGGAUCUGUUCUUGAUUGGUUCGCUGACUAUUUAAACGGUAGGACUCAGAGAGUUGUUGUGGAUGGAGUAGCUUCUGCAUGGUCAUCAGUCACUUCAGGUGUGCCUCAGGGAAGCAUUCUUGGACCAGUUUUGUUCAUUAUAUUCAUUAACGAUCUCCCAGACAUCAUACAUAACGGAACUGAAAUUGCCCUGUUCGCGGACGAUACGAAAAUUCACAGACAUAUUAUCUCGACUCGCGACUGUGAAAGCUUACAACAUUCAUUGGUCAAGUUACAUCUGUGGAGUAUGAAAAACAAUCUCUUCUUCAAUGCCUCUAAGUGUAAAGUCCUCACCGUCACACAAAAGAAAACGCCUAUCAUCUACGAAUACACCCUUGGGACCGAAAAGCUAACUUGGGUUGACCAUGAAAAGGACCUUGGUAUUACGACUACUACAAAACUCUCAUGGAAACUACACAUAAACACCAUUGUUGCGAAGGCCAACAAAAUGUUAGGUAUACCGGGUGUCCCAAAAAAAGUACUCCGGUUUGAUUCGUAAUAACUUCUAAACAAGUAAAGCUUUUAAUGAGGAAUAACUUGCAUCAAAUAGAGGAAUGACUAACUUAGAUUUUGAUAUAUUACAGUUGUAUUUCACUAAAAAAUUCAAAGAGAUAUUAAUGUUUAAAAUCGGGAGCAUAUUUCUGGAUGUGUCUGAAAUAUGCAAAAAACGGCGUAUCAAAUAUUAAUCAAGAUUUGCCCGACUGAAACAUGCACUAUUACCAGUAAAUAAAUGACACUUGACAAAUCGUUUAUUAUGAAACAAAGUAUUAUUAUCUACAAAAUAAAAGCAAGAUUUAUUCGUCCGAAAUCCGCAUGUGUUCCCAGCACGAAUACGUUAAUUUCCUUAUUUCAUGAGACCACUGCAUCGCGAAGGAUCGUCAUGGAUCGUUCGUAGUUCUGAAUUAGGGCAUGCUGUCACAAUGGAAUUGUGAAUUUUCUAACUUCACAUUGAAUGAAUUUUCUAACUUCUGCAACGUUCUGAAAUCUUGUUAAGAACACCCAAACUCUUUUGCCUUUCUUAAUCUUGGCAAUCUCAGAAUAAACUGAGAAUGAAACACGAUCAAACCAUACAACUCCAUAAUUAAAGACAUAACAAGCAACUCCCCAGAGACAUCCAACAUUUUUGGAACAAAACGUAACAAAAUAGUAGCGUUGAUACUGUGAUGUGUAUUUGCAAAAAGCAAUAUUAUUUCCUUCAUUAAAUAAUAAUAUUCAUCCAGACAAAAAACUGCUCUAAUCGAGAAAUAAUCAACUUUGUUUAGAACCCAUGUAAAACAUAAAAAAAUUAGGCUAUUUAAGAAAAAUUUAAGCGCCUGCCUUCAAGGUCUUUCAUGUACCUUUAAGUUUGCAAAGCCAAAGACCUAUUAAAUACUUUCAUAAUUUUGAACGUUCAUAUUUCAGGAAAUAAUGAGCUAAGACUUACAUGUAAGAUGUCUUAAUCUAUGCCAUAUCCCUUACAAACCCUAACGACAAUUCGCUGAAAUACCAGUUUGCCUGAUAUGUCAUUAAGCAAACAAACGCUGGAGUUAAUAUUUGAUAUGCCGAUUUUCGCUAAUUUUAGACACAUACCAAAAUAUGCUCCCGAUUUUGAACAUUAAUAUCUCCGUGAAUUUUUAAGUAAAAUACAACUGUAAUAUAUCAAAAUCUAAGUUAGUCUUUCCUCUAUUUAAUGCAAGUUAUUUCUGUUUGAUAGCUUUAAUUGUUUAGAAGUUAUUAUAAAUCAAACCGGAGUACUUUUUUUUGGGACACCCGGUACUUAAAAGAACCUGUACUAGUAUUACAGACAUGAACACCCGGCGAACUUUGUAUCUGUCACUUGUGAAGUCCCAGUUGUUGUAUGCUUUGGAGGUGUGGUCACCGGUUAACAACGUUCAGCUAUCAAGACAAGUAGAGAAAGUCCAACGGAGGGCAACCAAGUGGAUACUAAUGAACAGAGAGAUGCCUUACAAAGAACGGCUAUCGUCGUUAAACCUGCUACCAUUAAGUUACGAUAGAGAAAUGAAGGACUUAACAUUCUUUUAUAAAGCUUUAUUUGGUUUUAUAAACGUGAACUUGAGUAACUAUGUGUCGUUUGUCAGCCAUGGUCGUACUCGAUUGAGUCUUUCCUCUGAGUAUAUCCUUCAAAACCCACUGUGUAAAACUACCACUUUUCAAUCCUCCUACUACAACCGUAUUGUCAAUAUCUGUAACACUGUAUCUCAAGAAGUAUCUCUUGACAGUUUCUCUAGACCUAGUUCUUUUAAAUGUUAUCUCAAGCAAAAAUAUUCAAACUUAGUUAUGAACUCUAUUUACGACGCAGACGUGUCUUGCACGUGGUCUUUGACUCGGGACUGUCCUUGCCACAGGUCCUAA